GGGGAGCGGGGGGCAACCCGCCGGGAGCCCGCGCCCGGUACGCUGCCCUCCAAGCAGAGCGGGAGUGGGUGGCGGGCGGGCGGGCAGGUGGGGGUUGCAGCCUGGGGAAGCCGAGUGAGUCCCCCGGGCCUGGGCCUGUGCCUGUCCCUGCUACAGUGCACCUACAUCGAGAUCGAGCAGGCGCCCCUCACGCACGCCGUGGUCCUGAGCCGUCCGGCCUGGCUGUGGGGGGCUGAAAUGGGAGCCAACGAGCACGGGGUCUGCAUCGGGAACGAAGCCGUGUGGGGGAGAGAAGAAAUCCAGGACGAAGAAGCUCUCCUGGGCAUGGAUCUCGUCAGACUUGGACUUGAAAGAGCUGAUACAGCUGAAAAGGCCCUUACUGUCAUUGUUGACUUGCUAGAAAAAUAUGGACAGGGUGGAAACUGUAUGGAGAGUCAAAUGGUAUUUACCUACCAUAAUAGCUUUUUGAUAGCUGACAGAAAGGAGGCUUGGGUAUUGGAGACUUCUGGAAAAUACUGGGCGGCAGAAAAAAUAGAAGAGGGUGUGCGGAAUAUUUCCAACCAAUUCUCCAUAACCACCAAGAUCGAUCGGGAACACCCAGAAAUGAGAGCAUAUGCGAAGAGCAAAGGCUGGUGGGAUGGUGAAAAAGAAUUUGAUUUUGCUGCUGUGUAUUCCUACGUAAAUACAGCCACAAUGACUACGUCAAGGGGCAGAUACUGUGAAGGUUACAAGCUACUGAAUAAACACAAAGGCAAUAUAACUGCUGAAACAAUGAUGGAGAUUCUUCGAGAUAAAGAGAGUGACAUUAAUAUGGAAGGAGGAUUUAUGACCACUGGAAGUAUGGUCUCCAUUUUACCUCAGGACUCUAGUCUACCUUGUAUUCAUUUCUUUACAGGAACCCCAGACCCUGACAGGUCUGUAUUUAAGCCUUUUAUUUUUGUGCCAAAUAUUACUCAGUUACUAAAAACCAACUCACCAACAUUUGGUGAGGAUGACCCAGUUAAAAAGAAACCACGUUUUAUGACUCAACCAGAUCGAAGACACGAACUCUAUAAAAAACAUGAACAUGCAGCUGAAGUAAUGGAAGCCUGCAAGGAGAAAGGAAAAGAGAUUCUGGAACGGAUAAGGAAGCUGGAGAAACAGAAAAUAAGUGAGAUGGAAUUGAUCCUGCAGAACAAAUACUUUGAUGUUAACCAAGCCGUGCACCUUUUUUCAGAGUGUGUAGAAGAAGAAAUCAGUGCAUAUGCCUAAGGGUACAAUUCAAAUGCAGCGAAAUUCAAUCAGCAAUCAGCCUUUGUAGGCUCUGUGGAUUAAAUCUUACUUUUCAAAAGCCAGUUCCUAUUAAGAGUUAUGUAUUUUGCACACAUUGUAAAGGAGCUUUAGGUUUGAAGGAACAGACUAAAAAGUCUUUCAAAAGUAGGGAAUAGGUUUGCAUGUAAAUGACACAUGGUUGUAGGUUGACAGCUGAGGGAGCACUAAAUGGAGACAACUAACUUUACUACUAGAACUAUUAAGAUGGAGAUCUUCAUUCUGUAUACAGUUCUAAUUUGGACAACGUUUUCUGCGCAUGCAGAUUUUUUAAGACGACUCUACUCACGUGGACCUUAGGAACAGGAUUUCAUUGCCUAUUAAAACAGCUAAGUCUGAGGACUCCUUCUAAUGCACACAUUACCAAUAUGUAUCAGUUUCCUUUUGAGAUUUUGCAUAACACAAGUAAAUCAUUUAACCUAAUUAAACUUUCAAUUGUGCAAUUACCACUCUACACCAAAAUAUCUUAGCUAUCAUUAAGUUUAUAUAGCUAGUGUAUAUCUGAAUGGACUAAAGAUAAAUCCUCCUCUAAUAGGACAUAUGGGUAACAGUCAUGUUGCCAGUUUUGCGAUUAUAAAUAACAAAUGCAUCUUUUAACAAAAAAUGCAGAGUAUCCCUUAGGUAAGUUGUUUUAACCCAUCUCUACAAUAAGGUGUUUUGAAAUUUGAUAGAUAAUAUAUUUAGUAAGUGGCUGGUAUUCUAGGGGUACAAAAUAUCCUGCCAGUUACAAUAAAACAUUAAAGUUGGCAUUUCCCCUAAGUUUUGAUUUGCUAACCCUCACAUUGAAAAAUAAAUUAUCUUCGAUUUCAUGUACUGUUUUCAGAGUUGUGUGCUUCAAUUAAUUCUGCUAAUGCACUUUAGAAUACAACUCUGGAUUGUUUUGUAAAGAGUAAUGAAUUUUUACACGUUUAAACACACAAGUACAAUUAAAACUAGUGCCAGGUAUUUAAAGGUAGAAAGCAAUACCAUGGCAGUUUAAAAAUGAACUUUCUAAACUUUUCCACUUUACAUUAAGUGUAACAGUUUUAAUCUAUAAUUUAUCUUGCCAAAGUUACCAGUCUAAUUAUGCCUUGCUCCUUCUCCACUCUUUCUCUUUGAUCCUUUUGUAAGGUAAUGAUGAAUUUAGGAUAUGAUCUAAAUAUCUGUGAUAAACAAGAAUCUGAAGAACAGAGUAUAUAAAAAUAAUUUGAGAUGUUAUUGACUGUAAAUGAGUAUCACAAUGCAGAAGAGAUACCUUUUAUACAAAAAGUGGUUUGAUGAUCUUUAAAAACUUUUUUUUAAACACACUCAAAUUUUUCCCUAGGGAAAAACCUUAUAGUUAAUCAGAGAUAGACAGAAGCCAAGUGAUAUUUGGGUUGGGAAGCUUCAUACAAGUUAACAUUGUAUUAAGACAUAUUGACAUCUGAUUAUUUUGUGUAUUUUUCGUAUAGUGAAAAUGUGAAAUACUGUAAAAAAAAAAAAAAAAAAAAUCUAGUCCC